AACGCGUUCAAGCUUUCAAGCAAUCAAGCUUAAUCAAGGUUUAACGUCGCUGACUCACUAUACCCAACGCUCAUGUCGUCCCUUACAAGCACUCCUAGUACACCGUCGCUUGAUGCGCUUUCUGACUUUGACCACAGUUUAUUAUCUGAAUCGUUAUCCCUCGAUACAAUUUCCAUCUUGUCUUUAGAUUCAAUCCCGCCGUUUCCUUCCGGCUGCAGGACUCCUCUCCCGACAUUUCUUACUAUAAAUGACAUUACCUGUGCUUCGGCAAAUCUACAACCUAACACACUAUCCACUUCAACGACAACUAUCCCAACGCCUCCUCGCCUUAAAACUCUACUCAAGGAGGAUCUUUGUAUAUCUAGAUGGACGGAGAGCCUUGCUUUUGCUGAAGCCCCAGGCCAUACUCCCUGGGGCGAUGUUGAAGACCACGAUAUCACGCCUUGGAAACCAGAAGGAUCUUUAUACGCUGGUGACACCUUCCAGAUGGCUUUGUUGAAAUCUCGACAGCGACCUUCCAUGUUACGGCUAGCUCGACAACGCCUCCCUGUCCCUAAUUCCCAUCAUCGCAAUGCGCUUGUCUUUGAACGCGAGAUCACCCUUAAAUCUGAGGGUAAGACUAAACGCUGGUCUGUUCAAGUCCCCGCUGGCUCUAUGGAUCCCGAUCUCGCAGGUAUGAUGAUGGAACUUCGAAACCUCAAUUCGUAUUUCAAGGAAGAGGAGGUCCAAGCGGACGACUCGGUUCAAAGAUUGGAAGAAGGACUCUGUUCCCCUGUUGACGGCGUGUACACUCAUACCCCGUCCCUCAUCGUCUCGAACUCCCAGUGUAUUAUUCCCUUGUCUCUUGAAUCAGCUGGCAGCCUGCAUACUGUUCCGAAAAUUCUUGCUGUGCGUCGGGGAAACAAAGCUCUACCUCCGUUGUCAAUAAAGUCUGAACUCAUGAACCCAAGCCCUUAUCCCAGCAUUCCCACUGCCUUCCUCGGGUCGCCUUCCUCUUAUCAUCCCACCUUCGAAUUUGCCGGGACCACGCGAUCUUCCACUGCUUUUCAAGAUAUGAUCGAAUCCUUAAGGUCACAAUGCGCCUCGCUUCAGGUAGAAACUGCCCAUUUUCCUGCUCUGCAAGAAGAAGAGAAUAAUUUUCAAAUGAUCCAAUCUUGCCCGCAUGUUCCUCCUGCUUCCCCAAGUGCACGAGAUGGCGAUAACGAUUGGGCGUUUGCGGACAGUCUCCUGCAAGAGUUUCCGGAAUUCUGCUCCAAGCAAAAUCUAGAACCUCCUAAUGUUGAGCUGCAAUCCGACAAAAUUUUUCCUGAAGCUAGUAUUACAGAUCCGGCCCAGUUAACACACACUAUAUCCUCAAAUGAUCCAUCCAAUUCCCAUCUACCUUCACCGUCGAUCGCCGGCAGCGUUUCGCCGACACCUUCAUCCAACUCCCCUCGUGGUAUCCUUAAACGAUGUAAGAGUGUACGCUUUGCUGAAGCUCCUUUGAUCGACCCAGACUCAGUACAUACCACACCGGUUCAGGAAGUAGUAUGUCCUUCCACCCGUCACUCGACCGGACCUCCAAUUGCACGCUCCUUGAAGCGCCCCUCUCCUUUGCGUCAUACUUAUGCUCCCCAAUUGAAGCUGACCUCUUCUGCUGACUCGUCGCUCCCUUUGCGUAACGCUGGUUCCCUGAAGCCGACGAUCGCAUCGGAGACCACGAAUUCUAAGCCUUCCGUUCAUCUCCAGCGUACCGCAAUGAAGAAGCUAGGCCGAGAGUGCAUAGUGUCUUCUCCCAUUAAGCCUAAUAAGCCGAAGACGCAGGGUCCUCCAUCGCUUGGACGUUCCUUCCGCAACACGCUUAUUUCUGGCAAGGAAAAUAAGUUGAUCAAACUGAGAACAUCUUCUUUUGCUAAUAGGCAUACCAUGGACGAGAAUGCACUACGCCGCGUCGGUAACAGUUCUAGCCCGUCGGAAACUCUCAAGAGCCGUAUGCCAGUGCCUCUGAGGAACAUCCUAACUAGAUUUAAGUAAACUUGUACUUCACCACUUGUAUCAAAUUCUUCAUAAUCAGUUUGU